AAGAAAGGAUUGAGUGCAGAAGAAAAGAGAACCCGCAUGAUGGAAAUAUUUUUUGAGACAAAAGAUGUGUUUCAAUUGAAAGACUUGGAGAAGAUUGCUCCCAAAGAGAAAGGCAUUACUGCUAUGUCAGUAAAAGAAGUCCUUCAAAGCUUAGUUGAUGAUGGUAUGGUUGACUGUGAGAGGAUCGGAACUUCUAAUUACUAUUGGGCUUUUCCAAGUAAAGCUCUUCAUGCAAGAAAACGUAAGUUGGAGAUUCUGGAAUCUCAGUGGUCUGAGGGAAGCCAAAAGCAGGCAAACCUACAGAAGAGCAUUGAGAAAGCUAAAAUUGGCCGACAUGAGACGGAAGAGCGAACCAUGCUAGUGAAAGAGCUUUCUACUCUUCGGAACCAAAGGGAACAGCUUAAGGCAGAAGUAGAAAAAUACAAAGAAUGUGACCCACAAGUUGUAGAAGAAAUACGUCAAGCAAAUAAAAUUGCCAAAGAAGCUGCUAACAGAUGGACUGAUAAUAUAUUUGCACUAAAAUCCUGGGCCAAAAGAAAAUUUGCAUUUGAAGAAAAUAAAAUUGAUAAAACUUUUGGAAUUCCAGAAGACUUUGAUUACAUAGACUAAAAUGUUCAAUGGUUGUAGAGGAUCUAUGAGCUUGUAAAUAUGUAAAUUU